AUGGACGCAUCUGUACCAUCGUCCUCGCGACCACGGCCUUCCUCGCGCCCUACGACACCUCUACGUCCUAGCUCGCGCUCGUCACUACGAGAAGCUCACGGAUAUGGUCAUAGCAUCAGCGCCUCGGGAUAUAACCAGCCUGCCAUCAAUGCCUUGGAACCUCAGUUUGCGGAGCUCGCCGACUCCAUGGCUGAUCUAGAGGCCAAUUUCAUGCAUCUGCAGCUGAUGCACGAGAGUCUGACUCGGUUCAGUGAAAGCUUCGCUAGCUUCCUAUACGGAUUGAAUAUGAAUGCGUUCUGCGUGGAUUUCCCCGAGGCCCCGAUCUCCGAUUCAUUCAAGCGAGCUAAACAGGCGGAGGCACAAAAAGAAGCAGAGGAAUCCGAAGCUGCGCGACCAGCCGAUGACGGCGAGAUGACUUUCUUAACGACGGACACGUCCUUUGUCGACCACCCACCUAGCACCAUCUCCAAGCCGACAUCGAAAUACUCCACGCGAGGCACAACACGAGGCACAACGCGAGGCACCACCCGGGGUGCAGCUCGUGGCACAACGCGCGGCUCUACGACAGGCCGAUAUGCAACACGAGGGUCAUCUACUACUACUCGUGGUCAGGGUAGUGCGCUGCCGCGGGGACGAGGCACACGAGGCACGGGUACAGGAACGGGUUCAUAUUGA